CGUAGGUGGAUAUUUUCUAGACGAAGAUGGCGGCUCCCUUAACACUGGUUCUGAUUGUGGCUGUAACAAUCAGAGCAGCGUUAUUCAGAUCGAGUUUAGCUGAAUUGAUUUCGGAGAGAGUUGAAGUGGUAUCUCCGCUAAAUGCCUGGAAACGAGUUGUGGAAGGCCUUGCCUUGUUGGAUUUGGGUGUGUCACCCUAUUCAGGAGAUGUGUUCCAUGAGACACCUCUCAUCAUAUACUUCUUUCACUUUGUCAUUGACUAUGCAGAGAUAGUAUUUAUGAUAGCGGAUGGUAUCACAGCAGUUGCACUCUACUUGGCAGUACAACAUUACAAUAAGAAUGUGUUCAGGAAGCAGAAGUAUGCCUUGGAGGCUGACCGAUACCCACACGACUGUCUGGAACUUAUGCGAACCCCUAAAGAGAUGUACUACGUUCCUCUGAAAGUGGCGAUGUUCUAUCUGUGGAACCCUUUCACUAUUCUCUCCUGUGUUGCAAAGUCAACGUGUGGGCUCAACAAUGCUGUCAUCGCACUCUUUAUACUUUGUACGAUAAAAGGAAGUGCCUUGUUGAGUGCGAUAUUUUUGGCCUUGGCAACAUACCAGUCUAUCUACCCCCUCACUCUGUUUGCCCCUGCGCUGAUUUACCUGCUCCAGAGGCUGUACAUCCCAGUCAACCUCCGUAGGCCCAGUUUUUGGCUGUUCACCUCGCAAUAUGCGUUCAUGUACUUUGGGAGUCUGGCAGUCAUCGUCUGUCUGUCGUUUUUCCUGCUCACCUCUUGGGAUUUCAUUCCCUCAGUAUAUGGCUUCAUACUCUCGGUGCCGGACCUCACCCCAAACAUUGGCCUCUUCUGGUAUUUCUUUGCCGAAAUGUUUGAGCACUUUCGGCUUUUCUUCAUCUGUGUGUUCCAGAUCAACGUAUUCUUUUACUCUAUUCCUCUGUCCAUAAAACUAAAGGAUCAUCCAGUGUUUCUAAUGUUCAUGCAGAUAGCCAUCAUCUCCAUCUUCAAGUCCUAUCCCACAGUUGGGGACAUUGCUCUCUACAUGGCAUUUCUGCCUGUGUGGAGCCACCUGUACAGAUUCCUGAGGAACAUCUUCUUGGUGUGCUGUGUGCUGCUGGCCUGUUCGGCCCUCUUCCCGGUACUGUGGCACCUGUGGAUUUAUGCUGGCAGUGCCAACUCCAACUUCUACUAUGCCAUCACUCUGCUCUUCAAUGUGGCACAGAUUCUGCUGGUGUCCGAUUACUUCUAUGCUUACCUGCGGAGGGAGCAUCACCUAAGCCACGGCCUGUACUUGAAGAGGAAAGAUGGCGGCGAGGCCACACUGGUGCUCAAGUAGCCCUGGCUUAAGGCUUAAGGACUGCGGAGGGAAAGCUGUCAGACUCAUACAGGCCCUCACCUGUUUCUCUGGGGAUGUUUUUCUCCCUCCUUCUUUUGGUUUUCUCUCUCUUUUCACGAGGAUGUACACUCACAUGGACCAAAGCUUCUGUGAAGAUAUUCUCUGCAGGAACUGUAGGAAGGCUAGGAAGCCGCGGAUGGAUGCCGUUGUGCCUUGGUCCGCGCUUCAAAACAAAAAAAACUAAAAAGUCUGGAAUGUUUGAGAUGCAUCUACUCUGCAGCUAUGUGGUUGGUUGCUGUUUUUGAUUUUUGUUUUGCUUACCUUUGCCCUGCUUGUUUGUCCCUCUUUCUUAUGAUAAAGACUUGAGUUCUCUGGUAGUGAAGCAGAGCUGCAGUUCCCUAGUUUACCAUUAGAGGGAGAUAUGUGAACACUGAAAUGACAUACCUGCACACCACUGCUAACUCACUCACUUCCUUAUGUACUCAAGGUCAACGUCUCUUACAGAUAUCAAACCCUGCCGUGUUUAAUCAUGGCCUAUAUUUUGUGGGGCAUUUUGAUAAGGGAAUCCAAUUUAUGCAUGUAUGAAAAGAUGUUAACAUAGCUAUGAGACCGAAUGGGGAAAUGUUAGAGCUCACUUAGGGCGAAAGUCAUUUGAACAGAUGUUGCAUUUUGACAUUAGCUUAUUAUAUGUUUAGAUUAUAAGUAUUGCACUGCUUAUCUGAAUGUGGUCCAUAACUUCUGCUGCCAUAUUAAGUGUUGCUGAAUGUUAAUUUGUAAAUGUUAAAAUAUUGGUGAGCAGUGUGUAUUUAAGGAAUCUCACUCAUAAUUUAUGUUUCAUGCACUGAAUUUAUUUCUUUUUAACAAAGUUCAAUUCUAUACAUCUCAGCACAUUGUUAGUCAGUAUACAUUGUCAGGAUGAUUUGAGAGUGAAUACUAAGGGAGUAAGGUGAAAAUGGAAGGCCUGUUGGCAGUUCAACAUGCAUGUGAAUGUGGAGCACCAGGUGUUGUAGCCCUCUUUAGCCGCAUGACCUCAUCUUGUUAGUUAAGAGGUGAGUCUGUCCGCCUUGCAUAAGACCGCCACAGGCUUGGUGUUGGAAUUUUCAAUCUUCUGGUGUCUGCUUUUUUCCUGAUUUUUUGUGAGUGUGUGUGUGUGUGUGUGUGAAAGAGAGAUACACUACAACAUGUGAAUUUAUUUUAUGUUAUAGAUUACAUGGUUGGUCAUUUGUCCAAAGUGCAGUUCACAAGUCAUAAAAAUGCCAAAGGCUUCUGUUCUUAAACAUGAGGAAAGUGUUGCCAGAUGUGAAAUGUUUGACACACUGUAUUGUUAUGCAAAUGUCCUAGCUGUCCCAGGACGGAAAACAUAAGAAAGCAGCUGGUAAUGCUUAUUGCCACCGCUUUGUUUCCAUUUGGCCCAAUUGUCAGCCCUUUGCCAAAAAAUCUAGGCUGUAGCGAAGUGUUAAAACUACACCAAACUCCUUUCUGUUACUUUGCUGUACGUCACGGUUUAUGUGUAGCUUCAGACAACUAUAAAGUGCUGUAUACUUGGACACCAAUGUGAUAACAUUGCUUGACCAUUAAUUUUGACUGUUGGAGGUGGUUUUGUUUUUGUCUUUGUGUGUGUGCAUGUGUGUAUAAUUACCGAGCGUGUUUUGUUUUUCCUUUUUGCACAACAAAGGGAUUUGGUUAAGCAGUUCCUCUACUGUUCAGAACACACUCACAGAGAAUGGACUUUGACAUCAGCAUCAUCAUUAAAUGGCCUUUUUAUUUAUGCCCUAUUUACAAACUCCAUGAAAAUGUGCGUGGUACUAUAGAUAACUACAAUCAUUUCUGAAUGCACAUACACUGAUACGCACUCAUAAGGGCUGCCUUUUGUAAGGCAAAGAACAUUAAACGAAAUAUUUUAUGAAUUACUCAAAAUCACUUAUCUUGUUCCCUGGACCUCCAAGGUCUUCCCAUGGAUUCAUUAACAUGCUUUAUAAUAACUGUAAAAUUGUCUCUUAUAAAAGUGUGUUCCUAUAUAUUAGUGUUGACUAAUAUAUCCUUUUCACUUAGCUCGAGUUUGAAAGGAUAACUUAUGCUUUUGGUAUAUUGGGACACUGAUUUUUUUAAUAAUUUACCAGUUCUGUCAUGAGAACUUUCAAUAAAUGAUUUCUCAGCA